AGCUGCGGUGUCCCUCCUCCCCCCUCCCACCUCCACAGCUGCCCUCCCCCCUCUUUUGUGAGGGCUGCAGAUAAGAGAUAGAAGGGAUAGGACUGGCAGGCGAUCAGUUCCGAUCUCACUGCACCAGGGAGGACGCGCAGCAUGCACGGAGGAAGGAUGCUCAGCUGAUGGCAGUGACAAGCCGUCCGCAUCUGUAGGGGACACAUCUGCACGAUCCUGGCAGGGGAGCGAUGCGAAGCACACCGACUGCACUGUGAGAAGGCUCUGCUUGAGGAUUAUGUCCGCUGUCAUCUGAGGGCACACACACUCAUCGUACCCACACAGUGCCAGCCAGCCAGCCAGCCGUCUCCACGUCCUGCCAGCUCCGUCCGCUCUCACAUUGUACAUAGGAGAGACCUUGGAAAAUGGCCACACUGCUGCGGAAAAUAGGACUCAUCCGUCUUCACGACCGCGAUACGGAGGACCCCAAGCAUCACCACCAUCACCACCGCAACCAGCAGGGAUCGCUGAAGAAGGGCAAGAACAGCACCAACAAGCAGCAAGGGGGGUCGGCAGGAGGGGGCAGCGGGGGCAGCAGCGGAGGGGGCAGCGGCGGAUGCUGCAGUAACACCACAGCGACCGAGGGCAUCCUCAACCAGGCCGAUGGCAAGGGCAAGAAGAGCGAGCAGUGCCAUAAGGACAAGACCAGUGCCAAAGAAACCAGCACCCCCACCAUCACUAAGGAAUCCAAACAGCAGGGGGAAGGAGGGGGCAACAAGCCCAACGGGGGCUCCUCGCUGCAGCCCCUCCUGCCCCCCAACAGGCAGCACUGCACCCAGGUGAGGAGCCGGCGGCUGAUGAAGGAGCUGCAAGACAUCCGCAAACUCAGCGACCACUUCAUCUCGGUGGAGCUGGUGGAUGACAGCCUCUUCGACUGGAACGUCAAGCUGCACCAGGUGGACAAGGACUCCACCUUGUGGCAGGACAUGAAGGAGACCAACACGGAGUUCAUCCUGCUCAACCUCACCUUCCCGGACAACUUUCCCUUCUCCCCCCCUUUCAUGAGGGUGCUGAGCCCCAGGCUGGAGAAUGGCUAUGUGCUGGAUGGGGGCGCUAUAUGCAUGGAGCUGCUCACUCCCAGGGGAUGGUCCAGUGCCUACACGGUGGAGGCAGUCAUGAGGCAGUUUGCUGCCAGUCUAGUGAAAGGCCAGGGUCGUAUCUGUAGGAAAGCUGGAAAAUCUAAAAAGGCCUUUAGCCGCAAAGAGGCAGAAGCAACAUUUAAGAGUUUGGUGAAGACUCAUGAGAAGUAUGGUUGGGUUACUCCACCAGUGUCUGAUGGUUGACAUAUAUAAAACCCUGAGGAAUAGACUUCAAAACAGGGAGAAGGAAACCACCUCACCGAGAGAAAAUGAUAUAUAUUUAAGAAAACAAAUCACUAUGCCAUCUCCUCAGUGCUGUACAUCAUACAUCAUUCAUCUGUCCUUUUUCUACUUCACCUUCAGUUUAAGAAUGUGAUUGACAGGAAGACUUAAUUUAUUUAUGUUCAGAAGUGUUUACACUGGAAUAAAUGGAAGAAGAAAAGUUCGCUGCGCGGAAUGUCGUGCUGCAGUCAUGCUUCAAGAUUGAUAAUCGAACAUCUUCAGGUCACUGUCCAAAGGAGUUUGAGAUUGCUUCAUUGUCCAUCCCAGACGCAUGGUUUUUUGGCUUCUUCCAUUGACAGCAGCGCCAAAAAGCAACAGUGGAAGUUCUCACCACUGAUGCUCAAUUAAUGUAAAUGUACAUGAAGCCUUUAAUAUUUAAUAGGCAAGCAGUGCAUUGCAGGUACAUGUUUGCUGUGCUGUUUAUCUUUGUCUCUUUUCCUGGCAGGUCAACACAACAUUGAAGAUUUGUCUUUAUGUGGAGCUGUGGUCCGCUGUGACUCAAACUUUAGACCUCAUUUGUGUUCGAUGUGAUCUGUGUUGGAUAACUGACGAAAUAUAACAGUGGAUAAAUAAUAAAGAGUUAUAGUGUGGAACUAUUGUAAAAUAAAAUCAUUUCAAAGGUG